AUGUUUCAAAUUUAUACAUUACUAUACCGAAUAACACGUAGAAAGAAAAGGAAAAGUUGUAUUUUACUGUUCACUGUCAGACACACACAUCAAGUGUGUGUAGCUUUUUAGAGAGAGAAACAAAACAGCCUCUUUUAGAGAGAGAAAAUCCCAUCAUCAAGGGUUUUAUAGUCACUCCAAUGGAAGAAGCUUCAUCGCCAUUAUCGCAACCUAAAAAGAGAGGAAGACCAAAGGGCACCAAACGCUCCACCACCGAAGAAGCCGAAACUUCACCUCACAAAAUGAAACCUACGGCUGCCGGAAACAAGAAGGCUGCCGUCGUCGUUGACGAUAAGUACAGCAACUGGAAGUCCGUUGUACCGAUUCUCUACGACUGGCUUGCUAAUCAUAACCUCAUGUGGCCUUCUCUCUCUUGCCGGUGGGGGCCGCUUUUGGAGCAAGCAAAGAACAAGAACAGGCAGCGUUUGUAUCUUUCAGAACAGACUGAUGGAAGUGUUCCAAACACACUAGUUAUAGCAAAUUGUGAUGUAGUGAAGCCAAAAGUUGCUGCAGCUGAACACAUAUCUCAGUUUAACGAGGAAGCCCGCUCUCCGUUUGUAAAGAAGUACAAAACUAUAAUUCAUCCGGGAGAGGUGAACAGAAUCAGGGAACUGCCACAAAACAAGAACAUAGUUGCUACACAUACUGACUGCCCUGAGGUUCUUAUUUGGGAUAUCGAAACACAACCUAAUCGUCAUGCUGUUCUUGGAGCUGCUGAAUCUCAUGCUGAUUUGGUGCUUACAGGACAUGCUGACAAUGCAGAAUUUGCUCUUGCAAUGUGCCCAACUGAACCUUAUGUACUCUCUGGAGGGAAGGAUAAAUAUGUGGUUUUAUGGAGCAUUCAUGACCAUAUAUCUACAUUAACUGGAGAGUCAACCAACCCCCCAGGGUCUAUCGUCAAAACUGCUGACAAUGCUACUCUCGGGCCACGUGGGAUCUUUCAGGGGCAUACAGAUACAGUCGAAGAUGUGCAGUUUUGUCCAACAAGUACACAGGAGUUCUGUAGUGUUGGAGAUGAUUCUUGCUUGAUAUUGUGGGAUGCAAGAGUUGGAACCAACCCUAUCACGAAGGUUGAAAAAGCACACAAUGCUGAUGUUCACUGUGUCGAUUGGAAUCCUCAUGAUGCAAAUUUCAUUCUAACCGGGUCAGCUGACCACUCUGUUUGCAUGUUUGACCGCCGAAACUUAACUUCUGAUGGAGUUGGCUCUCCUGUUCACAAAUUUGAAGAACAUAAAGCUCCUGUUCUAUGCGUCCAGUGGUGUCCAGACAAGUCUUCCGUCUUUGGGAGCUCAGCAGAGGAUGGCUGUGUAAAUAUCUGGGAUUAUGAACAGGUUGGUAAAAAGAUAGAACGUGGGACUCCAAAUGCUGCUCCAGGGUUGUUCUUUAAACAUUGCGGACACAGGGACAAAGUGGUAGACUUCCAUUGGAACGUUGAUGAUCCAUGGACCGUUGUAAGUGUAUCAGAUGAUGUUGAAACCACGAGUGGUGGUGGGACCCUUCAGAUUUGGAGAAUGAGUGAUUUGAUAUACAGACCAAGAGACGAAGUGUUAACCGAGUUAGAAGACUUCAAGGCUCAUGUUGCAGGAUGUGGUCCAAAGGCUUAGGAAGGAAGAAGACUGUUCUUGUAUGUUCGAUUUUAGAUGUUUGCAUAUCUUUAACUAAACCUAUUAUAUGACCAACGUAUGUAGGUAGGUAGGUAGGUAAGUAGAGUGAGUUUAAAGUAAGAUUCCUGUUCCUAGUGCUGGUUGUCUGAAAAUUGAAGAGUGCAUCACUUGAGACUUGGUGUGAAUUUAUGGGCCUUAUUUCCUUUGAUUAUGACAAAAUGCUAAAACUUUUAAAGCAA